CUCUGAAGAGAUUUCCUAUAUUAAGCAAACUAUUUACCAGUUUAUUAUCAAGCUACCCAUUUAUAAUUAAUACCUUCCUCUAUUUACCUAAUUUCCAACUACAUUUACUGAAUACCAUUUUUUCUGAUAAGUAGCCGUUGAGAAGGGAUUAUUUUUGGAACAUAUCUCAAAGAAGCAAAUGGGUAACCUCAAAAUUAAGUCAAUAACAAUUAAAAACAUAAAAAGUUCAUGUAUGAAAAAGCCAUAGACAUUUCUAUGUAAAAACCGAUAAAACUAAAGAAAGUUUCAAUAUCAAGCAUAAUGAUAUCAAGUACCACAGCUAAACUAUGAUGUGAAAGAUAAAUAAAUUCAAAUUUAUAUCAGACAAAAGACAUUACCUGUGGUAUUACAGACUCAAAAAGCUUUUGAAUAAAAUGGAUGUACUGGAAUUCAAAGAUAGCAAGUUCACUCCUGAUAUCGUACAUUUAUACUCGUCUGAUUUGAGGAAAAAUCAUGUACCAAUAGUGAUUGAUAAUGGAUCAUAUAUGUCCAGGGUUGGUUGGGCAACCAGCGAAAAACCUUUGCUAUUUUUCAAAAAUAUAAUUGCAAAACCCCGUAAGGAGAGAUCUAAAAAAGACAACAUUGAAAUUCCUCAGACACCUCAACUCCAAAUCGGAAAUGAUAUAGUGAAUAUAGAAGCAGUAAGAUUUCAACUAAAAACUCAGUUUGAUCGCAAUAUCGUAACUCACUUCGAGGCCCAAGAACAUUUGUUUGACUACACUUUUAGCCAUUUGGGUAUUGAUACUGAAAAUUCUGUUGAACACCCAAUAAUUUUGACUGAAGCUUUUCUGAAUCCUAAUACUUCAAGACAGUUGAUGUCUGAACUCCUAUUUGAAGGUUAUGGAGUACCUGGAAUAGUAUAUGGUGUGGACUCCCAGUUUGCAUACCAUUUUUCACAAGAUAACCCUUCAGAAAAUGCACUUAUAAUUAACUUGGGUUAUCAAACUUGUCACGUGAUCCCAGUUCUGGGAAAGAAAACAAUAUUUGAAAACGCCCGGAGAUUAAAUAUAGGUGGUUGGAAUGUAAUAACUUUCCUUCACAGGAUUCUUCAGUUGAAAUAUCCAGCACAUGCAGCAGCCAUUACUUUGAGUCGAGCAGAAGAACUACUACAUUCAAUAUGUGCUGUUGCCCUUGAUUAUCGAGAAGAAUUGAGUAAAUGGACGGAUAGUGAAUAUUAUGAGGCCAGUACCACUAAAAUUCAGCUUCCUUAUACGUCUAUAGGAAGUACAUCAGCUUUGACAUUAGAACAACAAAAAGAGAGAAAGCGUGAGCUGGCCAGGCGGCUAACUGAAAUCAAUGCAAGAAAAAGAGAGGAGAGGUUAGCUGAAGAUCAAGAAAAACUAAGAAACUUACUGGAAAUUCAGGAGAUCAUUGAUUCUGGAGCUGACAAAGAUGAAGUUGAAACCCUCCUGGCAGAAUAUGAAAUUAAAAAUGUAUCAGAAUUGCAAAAAGUCAUAGCCAAUCUAAAUAUGAAAAUAGAGAAGAUAAAACAAAAGAUAGCUUCAAGUAAUUUAGAAGAAGUCGAGGAACCACCUGUGAAACAAGCGAAACAUUCAAAAAUGAUUUUCGAAAAUGAAGGUGCUUUAAAUUCAUUCUUAGACAAUGUUAAAAAAAUGAGGCAAGAUAUUCUUACAAAAAAAUUAAUUAGGAAGCAGCGAAAACAAGAUAUUUUCAAAAGAAGAACUGCAGCUGGGCAAGAGAGAAUGAGAAUAAUAUCACAGUUGGCUAGGAAGGAGAAAGGAACUGAUGAUUUUGGUCUCAGAGAUGAGGAUUGGGAUAUCUACAAAACGAUCAGUAAAGAUGGUGGAGACUCAGAUAGUGAAGCUGAAAAUGAGAAACUAUUAGAAUAUGAAGAGAUAAUUAGAACUCAUGAACCCACUGAGUUUGACGAGAACACUAAUUUAGGAGAAAUGCAUCAACUUCAUGUAGGAAUUGAAAAAUACCGAGCUCCUGAACUAAUUUUCAAACCAUACAUGUCCGGAUCAUCAGAAGCAGGAUUAUCAGAAGUAAUUGGUUAUGUUAUAUCACUGUUUAACGAGGACCAUCAGUUGAAACUGGCGUCAAAUAUUAUAGUUACUGGUGGCUUAGCAAACCUGAAGGGUUUGAAGGAUCGCCUGUUGAAAGAUUUGAUUUCAAUUAGGCCAUUCAAGUCAACGGUUAAUGUGAAUAUUAUGCCCAACUGUAGCUUAUCUGCUUGGUAUGGAGCAAAAAGAUUUGCGGUGUCUUCUGAUUAUAAAAAGUAUUUGUUAACAAAACAGACUUACGAGGAAUGUGGUCCAGAAUAUUUCAAAGUCCACAUUGCUUCUAAUAUUUAUUAUCCUACACCUAAGGAAACUGUAAUAGAUGUUGAUAUGUAAA